AUGACAACGAUACCGACCAAGAAUUUCUGUUUUUCACCUAUAUCCAGCAUUAGAUGUCUUGGUCUCAGCGAAUUGCAGUAUAUCGGUAUCUAUAUUCCUAGUGGUGUAUUGAUUUUGGUAGUGCUGGUUUUAUUGGUGGGCAUCUGGAAGAUACCGAGAUUAACGUUGAUCCUCCUCACUAGUGAGAUCCUGCUUUACAUGACCAUGACAACAUGGGACUUGACUGUACAUAUUAUUCCUCCAAGGUUAGAUACCAUCCGAACGGAAGAUACAGUCUUGGCACUCAUCUCACCCCUUCCACUCUUAUUCUUCCACCUUACACUCACCUCAUAUCUCCUCGAACUUCGUCCUUCUCUCCCUACCACCCUCCAAUCUCGAUCCAGUAUCAUACUCUUCGGUAUCCUUUUCGCCCCUCUUAUCCCUAUCUCAUUAGUGGCGGGCAUCUUACCAUCAUUCUUAUCUCUCAAUUACUUCAAAUCGAGAUCUGACGAGGUAUUCGUACGAUUCGCUAAACCGUCCGACGAAAGAUUAUUCGAUAUCUUCCUGUAUGUCGGUUCGAUAUCAUCUAUGGUAUAUAUCCUGAUAGUGAUUCUCUUGAGCUAUUUGGCUAAAUUUCAUAAUCCAAAUGAUCGAAAAAGGAAUAUAGUUAUCUAUAUCUUAAUUGGAGGAAUGAUAUUGGCUAAUGUAGAAAUUGGAUUAUCCCUCUUAAGAUCUCAAACAUUCAUUAUACUCCUUUCUAGACGGACGGUCCUCCUGGUAUCGAGAGUAUGUUUAACAAUAGGGUUCUUGAUAUGGUACAGAUUAAAGACAAUAUCCGAUCUGGUCGAAGGGAAGAGGAAGAAGAAAGGGAGAGAUACGAUCAAUACGUUUGGUACACCCGCUUCUACCUUUGGUAUUGGUUCUGCUCCGAAUAAAUCACUGGUACAGAGGAAGACAACGUCUGCCACGAAAAGUUUACAAAGGACAAAAUUGCAAAUUGGCAAUCCGAUAGAAGGAACUUUCCAAAAGUUGACUAUUGAUGGGAAUGGGGUAGAUGGAUUGCCAAGUGCGAAAUUUGGUAUGGGAAUGAUAGCUUCGCAAAUUGCUGGGAUUGGAAAUCCUAUGAUUGUGGGGGUACAGCGAGGGAAGGUUGAGAAGGUUGUUGUGAAGAGGCCCACCAGACGACCACCCGUCCUAUCAUUCACACCAUCCACAUUCACCCAAUCAUCCCUCGACGCACUUGUAUCCCGCUCUCACCCGAGUGACCCAGAAUCGAUUCAACCUAAUACGGCCAUCAGUCGAUCAACCACCUCAGCCAAGAAGAACGUAGGAUCCAUCUACCGACCGGAUCGAAUCAGCGUGGACGAAAGUGAUCUGGCUCUGUGGCCUCCGCCAAGCAUGAUAGAAAGUCAAAAUCAAAUUUACAAUCAGCAUUACGAUAUGGAUAUCAAGCCAGGCUCUAACGUGGCUCCAUCUAGCAAUAUCCGACCACCUAAAAUGCCCAGGAACAACUCCAUCAAACGUAAGGCCGUUCCAAUGCCGGAUAACCAACCAUCAAGGAGGAUAAGUAAUUAUUUCUCUUCCCUUCGAUCUCCUCAACGUCCACCUGGCCAAUCUCAACCACAACCACAACCACAAUUACAACGGGGAGUGGGGAAAAUGUCUGUCCAACCUGAGAUUCAACAAUUGGAUGGUCAGACCAGAGUCAGAUCUGGUACAGCUACCGAACGAGGUAUAUGGUUUUCCAAAUCUACGACACUUUCGGCAGUGGAUAGACCAUCGUUAGUAUAUAGAAGAUCGACUGAUCCAUCUCAGACUAUAUACCCUUCUCCCACUGCUUCAUCGACAUUGGAGGGACCUUCACUCACUCCUUCUCCUCCGAGUGGUCGCGAAGCCUCAAGAGAAAAUCAACAUCUAGAAGAAGAUACGAGUGGAGUGAUCCAACAAUCACAGCUACAUCAUAAUCAGAAUCAGUACUCUAUCACCUCCAUGUACAGUAACAAUCAAACUAUCCAUACUUACUCUUCGUCAACCAGUAAAGAUCUUUUCUAUAAUCCACCUAGGAGAUCGACGUCGAUUGAAUCGAGAUUGAGUCCGACUAAACCAUCUCCUUCACCACCGAACGAUCCUGCAAUACCCUGCCAGACCACUAGCAGUGAUGUCAGAGGUAGACAAUCGGAAUUACAAACUGUCCUAGCUCGUCUUAGGAAAUUACGUAGAGAAACAGGAUUGAAUAGUGAAUUGGAUGUGGAAUUACAGUCAGAACGAGAAGGAGAAUCGUCAGUCUAUGAGAUCGAUCUGAAAACCAAACCGUGGAUGAGGGAUAAAGGUAGUAUAGCGACUGGAACAAAAUCGUUAGAUAGUGAUUAUACGUUUGACGAAGACGAUGAUGCUAUAAGUGAGAAUUUGACACCGGUCGCUGAGAUUAGGUUGGUAAAUACUGGAAGGAGGAAUUAUGGUGGGGUUGUUUAG